CACUUUUACCGGCGUCCGUAGUGAAAGCGGCAGCGGCGGCUCAUGAGCUUCACAUAAGCGGACUGUCCCUCCUCCACCAGCGGCCUUUUAACACGUUUUUCUCCCCGCGCCGAAUCAUGUUGACUCUAAGCGGGUUGUCAGUGGCUCUCGCUCUCGCUCUGGUGCCGGGUGCCGCUGGAGCUCUGAAAGACGGAGAGUGUGAAGUGUGCAUCACAUUCCUCGGGAAGUUCUACCAGUCGCUCAGUGACAACGAUGUGAAGUUCAACAGCGUGGACAUCGAGAAGGCUCUCGUGAAGACCUGCAAGGACGCGAGAGGCAAAGAGAACCGCUUUUGUUACUACAUCGGGGCGACGUCUGACGCAGCCACUAAGAUCAUCAACGAGGUUUCUCGGCCGCUCGGCUCCCACAUCCCCGUGGAGAGGAUCUGUGAGAAACUCAAGAAGAAGGACGGGCAGAUCUGUGAACUCAAAUACGACAAACAGCUGGACCUGAGCACGGUGGACCUGAAGAAGCUCAAAGUGAAGGACCUGAAGAAGAUCUUGGAGGAGUGGGGCGAGUCCUGCAAAGGAUGUGCCGAAAAGUCCGACUUCAUCCGCAAAAUCACGGAGCUCAUGCCCAAAUAUGCGCCAGUGGCCGCCAAAGCACGGACAGACUUGUAACACAACAACAAAAAACACACAGACGCACAACUUUGGACUCAGUUUGGACCAGACUGCUGUCAGUGAGGACCACGAGCACCUGACCUUUGUCUGUUUAUGUUUGUUUUUUAAAGGGUUACAGAUUUAGACGUGUACAUGUUGGGGGGGGGGGGGGGUAAACACAGAAGAACAUCCAGUAGAGAAGAGAAGAGAACCUAGAACGACAUGAACAUUUAUUUAAUAUUCAUUGUACUCUGAAACCUUUUUGUAAUAAAAAUAUAGGCCUAAAUAUGAAUCUGGAAACCUCCAUGUUCUUCUGUUAAAGGUACAGUGUGUAAAAUGUAGGGUUUUUUCUUUUCUUUUUCGUUUGGCACAAAUAUUGAAGAUAAAGGUGUUAUACUUAA